CGGACCUUUUCCCGCACGGUCGCAUUGCCCACCAGGUGGCACACAUCAGGCUGAUGAUGAUAGGACCAGAGAGAUUUGGGCUUGUGGAGUUACCGCUGCGCUCAGUGAACGUCGACGGUUCACCUCUCCUGGAUUUGGCGGGAGAGGAGCCGUGCGCAACGGGUGACCACCACGAGAUUGAGAGCCUAGUGACAGCGUCGGUUGAGGUGCCUGUGACUGUAGAAUGCAGUGCGUGGGGAGAGAAGAUGCCGUUCCACCACGUCAGGUCUACACUGCUCUACACUGGAAGUCUCCUGAGCCGGACUCUGUCUGAGGGGAGCGAAGCCUUCCAAAUCACCAGUAUAUCCACUGAGGAGCUAGGAGAGAUCCGGCAGGCGUUCCGGGUGCUGGAUCGGGAUGGGAACGGGUUCAUCUCUAAGCAGGAGCUGGGCAUGGCUAUGAGGUCCCUGGGAUACAUGCCUAGCGAGGUGGAGCUGGCCAUCAUCAUGCAGAGACUGGACAUGGACGGUGAUGGCCAGGUGGACUUUGAAGAGUUUGUGACGAUACUGGGACCCAAACUUCUGUCGUCUGAGACCAGAGAAGGUUUCCGAGGAAGCACCAUCGAUAACAUCUUCUGGCAGUUUGACAUGCAGCAGAUGUCUCUUGAUGAGCUGAAGCAGGUUCUGUUCCAUGCGUUCCAAGACCACCUGACAAUGAAGGAUAUCGAGAACAUCAUCAUCAACGAAGAGGAGAGCCUCAAUGAGACAGGGAACUGCCCUGAGUACGAGGGAGUCCAUCCUAAGAAGAAGAACAGACAGACGUGCGUGAGGAAGAGUCUGAUCUGUGCCUUCGCCAUGGCCUUCAUUAUCAGCGUCAUGCUCAUCGCGGCCAAUCAGAUGCUGCGGAAUGGCAUGGAGUAG